AGCAGAAGCUCUCUUCAUACAAAAUGGAAUACACGGGAAGCAGUCACGAGGGAGAUUUAAAAAAUGGACGGUAAGAAGAGCAUUCAGUUUGAGUUAAUCACAUGCACAGUUUUGAUUAUUGCAUCGUCUGUUUUCGUCGUUAAUAGAAUGGAAGGACAAGCCGAGUACCACUUGCCACCUUCGCUAGAGACAAAAUAUGUCGGCAAAAUGAAAGAUGGAAUGUAAGCAAAUGCAUUUUGUUGCUUGAUGUAUAGAAAUUAUGUGUUAUGUCGGAAAUAGACAGAAAAUAAUGGUAUCAUAUUUUGAGCGACAUGUACGAUCUUUUGUAGCUGCAAGGUUAAUUUCUCUUUAAGCUAACCGAAGCUUCAAAAUAUGCAGCUUAUAGAUAAAUAUAGUUGUUCUUGAUCUCAUUGUCGGGGGAAUCCCAAUUAGAGCUAGAGGAAGCUGUAGGAGUCAAUUAGAAUGGACUGACGUUAAAGGAUUGGUAACAGUGACGUUAUAAAUUGUGUCUGUUUGACGUCAUUUGAUCAUUAGUGCGUGAUUUAAUGCACGAGUCCAAAAGUAACCUGAGGAUGUUUUUAUAAAGAGACACAAUUAACCAAUAUUUUCCCUUUGGGGUGAUGAUUUUUUAUGGGUUAUCAAUAUUGAAAAAUAAUUUUAACACCUACACAUGAAAGUCCAUCUCUUGUUUGACAAACUGACAACAUGUCAUUUGGUUAUAUUAUUCUCCCUGAAGUGAUGAGAAAAUGGAAGUUAAAGGCACUUGACUUGACCCAGUAUAUAUAUUUGUGAAUAAAAUCCAUUCAAGUCAAACCAGAAUUUUCAUUAUCUCUUGCAAAGAGUAUUUAGGGGUGGGAAACAAAGAGAAUUCUGAAUCAAACCAGGCUGAAUACACUCUUAACCUGAAAACAGAUUUAUCUUCAACAUAUUGAUAGUUACAGUGAGCAUCAGUAGAUUUGAAUCCCUUUUUGUCUCAAAGUAGCUCAUAGCCUAUAAUGAACCCUUGUAAAAUUAUAAAACAAGCAGCGAUUUAAAUUAAUAUACCCUAGUCUUUCAGCUGGUAUUGUGGAGAAAGGUCAGAUCUCACCUCAUUGAAUUCAAUAUUUAGGUACAAAUCAUCUAACUGUCAUUCAGUUAUCAAGAGCCUAUUUUAAGCUUUAUUGUCAGUUCCAUAAGCAUAAGAGUUGUUGUAAUAAAAAUAAAGCAGAUACAUGAUCCUCUUUAUACUUACCACAAUAGUAUUUUUAAUUGUCAUUUCUAAAAACUCAUUGAAGGUUUCAUGGUGAAGGAACAUUAUUCUUCUCAAAUGGAAGCAAGUAUGUUGGGAAAUGGGAAAAAGGACUGGCAGUAGAGGUAAAUAAUUUAACUCCUAAAAUGCUGAAAAAUCUCUGACUGUCUUAGUAACUUGCUUUACCAUCACUUGCUGUGUGUUUGGUACAUUGUAGAUUAAACAUGCAGAUACAUGUUUCUCGAUUAAAGACUGUCUGGUUGGUUAACAGUUCAACACAAAUAAAUCAAAAGACAAGAAAAUCACCUUUUUUUUCCACUGUCACAGUCUUGUAGGGCUUAUAUUAUCUCUUUUAAAGGGUGAGAUCAAAAGAUGAUUUAUUGGGGAAAGCGUUGUAAUGGGAGGCUGUAAAAUAUAAUUAUCCAUAUUUCUGAUCCCAGUCUCCAUGUCUCACAUACAAUGUAUAAUUUUCUUUCACUUUUGCAGGGAAAAUACACAUUUGCAGAUGGUUUAGAGUAUGAUGCAGAGGACUGGGAAUAUUGUGAUGGUUAUGACAGGCGAUUCUAUACUGAGAUAUGUCAUGGACUUAAGCCUGCAGGUACAGUUUAUGAUCCUUUUUACACACCAUAAUUAAUAGUCUGAGUUUCAUAACUUUAAACAGAAUUGAUAUAAGAUAGGGCAGCUGUUUUGCCUGAGUCACUGGAUUGAUUACAGUAUAUUAUAUCCCAAGUACUUUAUAUGGACUUUUAAAAAUCCCAGAUGUAGUUAUGAAUUUACUUGGAAAGUCAGCUGCCAGACCACGUGAUGAUUUUGACCAUUUUUCUCCAGCCUGCGCAAAUGUCUGAAUUGUCGAUCCUAAUAUUCAGCGACCUUGUUAAUAUGACCACUGUGACAAUAUGGCCAACAAAAGAAACAAACAAUGCUGAAUCAGUUUCUUGAAAUAAACUUGUCUUUUUCUGCAGGUCGCUCUCAACUCACAAACCGUAUUCCUCCUCGUGAGAUUCCUGAAGGUUGUUAUGACUGUGGCGAUGGCUUCUAUAAUCCUGUUUCCAGAGUUAUUGUUGAUUAUGAGCACAAAUUCCUCAGAAAUGCAGGUACAUGUGCAAAACAAAAAUAAAAAUUUUUAUCUUUAGUUAGGACCAUACCCUAAAGUGUAGAAAUAUUUUAGUGGCCAAGUGUUCAGUUUAUAGUGAGUAGAUGCUGCUGACAGCUUGCUCUUGGCACAUUUUAUUGGCACUGCAAUUCUGGGGGAACCCAAGCACUAGAAUUUGUAAAUUAUAAUACAGUAAGUAGAGCAAGGCAUAACUAUACAAUGUUAGUGCAAAACGGAUGAGUCACAAAGGGCAAAAAAGCUUUUGUGAGAAACAGUCUGGUUCUCCCUUCUUACCAAAUUUUGUACUUUCAUCCUAAUACCCACCCUCCCUCCCGAACUUUCAUCUAUCUUUUUUUGCUUCUUAAAGUAUCAAGAAGGCUCUAAGGCUUUGGAUACAUAUAAUAUACUACAAAAGUGAAUUUUGUUCCUUGGGGUGGGGUUGGCUAAAUUACCAUUUACAGGAGAACUAUAAAACUUGAAAUUGGUCAUAAAAAGGUGUAGGAAUCGUAAUUUUUGUUGCCAUGGCAGAUGAUGUGUAGAAUAGAGUUGCAAUAUGCAUGUGAAUAUGGUGAGGUGUAGGCUAAGGGUUUUUUGGUCUCAGCAGUACAUGCCCAGCACCUAAACCUUAUAAAGUUUCCCAGUUGUUAUUGCCCUGUUCUAGUUAAUGUUAUUACUCAGUUGUAAUUUAUUUGCUCAUUGUUAGAUGAUGAUGAACAUGAAUGGAUUUUGAAAACAUGCAGGAAGGGCUGGGAUGAGAAUGUUGGUUACAGGCCAGACAUCAUCAGAUAAAAGUAAAUGUCUUCACCACAGGAAUACCAACUGAUCAUAGGAAUUCCUGCUUCACUGCAGCACCUCACAUACCUAGUAAGGGCUGUCCGUGGGAUAGGCUGAUACUGGUAGCUGGUGGAAAAUCUGAUGUUUACCUGACUGAGAUCAUCAAUGAAAGCAUUUCUGAGCAGUAUUACAAAGAACAGUGGAAUAUUUUAGAGUUAAUCAGACUGUUAGUGGCCAUUACUUUUUCCAUCUAACUUAGCUGCAUUGUCAGGUAUUUCACGUAACUGAAUGUACAAACCAGGAGAGCCAUUUUCCUAAGGAACUGGAGUUUUUUUGCGCUAUGGGCAAUGACUGAAAUGAGUCAUGUUAGACCCAGUCAGCGUGUCUCAUUGACAGACGUCAAUCAUGUUUCCUUAAUUGUCUCAGGUGGUAACCAAAGACCCUGUGCACAGUCAUACAAGUAUCGAAAAAUUUAAAAAUCUCAGAAUCACUUCAACUGUUCAUUGUAAAUUGUACAUGUUGUCUGGUCCCAGGAAAAUGCCAGUCCUGACAAAAGUUUUUUGGUCAGAGAAGGAAUUGACACUCAUUUAGAUGAACAAGUGCUUUACUUUCUGCACAGUCCAUAAACAAUGUAAUGUAAAGGAUACAUUCUAUUUUAAAGUUUGUACGGUAACUAUAGCUCGUGACGAGUAUAGUGGUGAACUGUGUACAUAUGUAUUGUAAAUAUAAUUACUGUGUACUGAAUGCAGGGUUGUCAUUAAGAGCCGGGGGCCGAGGAUUUUCUCCGGCUACUAAGAGAGUGGCCCCUGGCUACUUUUAUUGGAAAAUAGAAGAAAAAUAGAACCAAAAGAAAUCCCCAGCCGUUUGAUUCCCCGCCUACUUGUUGUUUUUACCCGGCAACUUGAAAUCUUAGUAACAACCCUGCUGAAUGUAUAUAGUUUUUGUUUUACUUCUAACGGUUCUGUACUGAAACAAGAUUUCAGUCUUUUUUUGAUACAGUGAAACCUGUAUUAAGUGGACAACCUCGGGGAAUGCUGUAGUGUCUGCAUAAUACAGGGUGUCCACCUAAUAAAGGUUUCGAUAGAUAACGUCAUAUGAGGUGUCAAAUGUCAUUCAAAUAAACUGUGGAAAUAUUUAGAAUACUCCCAGAGACUAUGACGAUUUACGUUUGCAUUAAUUUCUUUAUUUAAGUGGACCAAUUGAUCAAAGUACCAUAAACAUAGAUUGCAACUCAAAUUUGAAGAAAUCAGAUGAGUGAAACAAGCUCCAUACAAACAAAACAAAACAGAAAACAAUACGGUACUGUGAAACUAAUCAAAUAAGUUCGUCAAGUCACGUUAAUUUUAAUGCAAAAAUUUAAAAAUUUGUAGGUGGCAGUCUUUCGCAUUUCUGGUGUCUGGCAUGUUGGGUGGUGG